AUGGAAGACGAAUACAUCUUUGUCUUUUUACUUUCCAGCAUGUGUGCCGCGGCUUGCCACAGCGUGGGCAGCCGUGCAGUGUUGCGUUUCAUCAUUCAUCCUGUUUGUCUUUUUUGUUUGACGCCCCGUUGUGGUUGUGUGUGCCCUCAGAUGCUUUUUUCUUUUUCUUUUUGUGACCGUAGGCAGACACACAACGACAAUUACACGAUAUAUGUAUUGCAGUGUACCCCUGCGAUGAGGCCCGUACCUUUUUGCGGUGCUGGGGCUCUGGUUGCAUGUAGGAACUCCGCUGCGGUGCAUUGCUGCAAGCACGACAAAGACCAAGACGACUCUACUCCUCGAGAGGGUUCCACGCCAUGCCCGGUGCGGGAGGUGAAGCGGUCUGCCUGCAGACUGUCGGACAAAACUGCACGACCGUUUCGCUGCGGUCAUUCCGUUGAUACCACCCGUGGCGGUGACGUCCACAAGAAUUCCGGUUCCGAGGUGGAUGGCUACAUCACUAUUUGGCAGCGUAACAUUGCAGGCCUCUCGUCCGUAAAAAAGAUUGCAUUUGUUGUGCGAUGA